AUGAAGCGAGGCAAAGCUGCAGGUAUUCUGCAGGAAGGUCGAGAGGCCAUCUUACCAAGCUGUUCAACAGAUUCCUCAGCAGUGACAAAGUCUCCAGAUACUGAAGGAAUGCCCCACAAAUUCUUCGUGCAUUGGAUCAACAUCGACCACGCAAACAGGCCGGCUUCAAGGUCAGGAUUCUCUAUCAUUGACCACAUUCCUGUCGUAAGCCGGUUCCAGGAGAAGGCCAAAGAGUACAAAAUUCCACUUUGCUUUGCCUUUAUUAACUACGAAAAAGCGUUCGACUCCGUUGAGUUCACUUGCACUCUUUGCAGCACUAGAGUUCAGGGAGUUGACGUUGCCUUCAUUACCCUUCUACAAGACCUCUACCAUGGCGCCACACCAUCGGUAAAGCUCCACAGACAGCAUAAAAUCAACUUGGAGAGAGGAGCGAGGCGAGGAGACAACCACGACUCUGCACAGCAUGCCUACAUGAUAGUAUCAUCAACAAGCAUGUACCGAGGCAAAACCAAAAAGAUGAAUGAAUCCACGAAUCUCCGUGAUUGCCAGUGGAUGGACAGCUAUGGGUAA